UAAAAUAAUUCUCUAUUUUUUACAGAAGUAAAAGAGCAUCUUCUCCACGAAUUUUGGCACGAUUUUUUGCUAGUUUAUGUGUAAAUAUGUAAACGCAAUAACAAGUAAAUUCGAUGGAAGAAACGAAAGUUAUCCGGACACGACCGAAUCGUGCACAGGUAAAAAGUCAAGACACGCAAAAUCCGUCCGUCUUUGCAUCAAUGCUAGAGAAAGAAGACGUAUGCACGACCUGAACGAUGCCCUAGACGAACUCAGAGCCGUUAUACCCUAUGCCCAUUCGCCAUCUGUACGAAAGUUAUCCAAAAUUGCAACCCUUCUCCUAGCCAAGAACUAUAUACUGAUGCAAGCAAAUGCAUUGGAAGAGAUGCGUAGGAUCAUAGCUUAUAUGAAUCAAGCGGGGGUACCUUUACCACCAGCUGCAGCUGCUGCAGCUGCCGUAGCUGCCACACUACCCGCCCUAUCACCGGUAGCUGGAUACGGAGAAUCGGGAUUCAACUUCAGAAGCGGUGGUGUCACAUCUUCCACUGACAAGGUUCCACCCCCUUUACAAGCCUCNCUAUAA